ACAAGCAACAAGAAAAUGAGUGGCCGCGGAAAGACCGGAGGAAAAGCCCGAGCAAAGGCCAAGACCCGCUCCUCUAGAGCUGGACUCCAGUUCCCGGUGGGCCGUGUCCACAGGCUGCUGCGCAAAGGCAACUACGGAGAGCGGGUCGGUGCCGGAGCCCCCGUCUACCUGGCCGCUGUGCUCGAGUAUCUGACCGCUGAGAUCCUGGAGCUGGCUGGGAACGCGGCCCGCGACAACAAGAAGACCCGCAUCAUCCCCCGUCACCUGCAGCUGGCCGUCCGCAACGACGAGGAGCUCAACAAGCUGCUGGGUGGAGUCACCAUCGCCCAGGGUGGAGUGCUGCCCAACAUCCAGGCGGUGCUGCUGCCCAAGAAGACCGAGAAGGCCGCCAAGGCCAAGUAAACUCACCGAUACCCGCUAGAAACAAACAAACAACGGCUCUUUUAAGAGCCACACACUUUACUUUAAGAGCUUGGACUGAUGCUGCUGCUUUGACAAAUAGGUUUUAUCAUAAGCAUACAAUUUUAUCAAACUCAUUGCUUAUGAAAUCUUCAAACAAUACGAAUGUAACCUCACAGUGGGACAAAUUAUACUGUUCCAUCACUGGCUUUUUGUUCAUAAAGUCACAAUUCAUUUAAUUCACCAGUGAAAAUGUCAGAAUAAAAAGUAAUUAUGCCUAUUUUAUAUCUGCAAUAUCAACACUAGUUCUGGUUCUGAACUAGAAUC